AUGCAACAAUGGGAAAAUUACGAAAAAGAAAAUACUCCACAUGGGAGAAGGCUGUAUUGGCUAAAAAGAACUGAUGGUAUGCCUUACACUGGAGCCAAUAUGGAAAUAAAUAGGCCUUCUUCUGGAAAUGAAGUUGGUAUUACUACAUCUUCUCAACCUCAGCUUGUUGAAAAAUUUACUGAUGUACCAAGCGUAGUCAAUGGAGCAUUAGAUUUGAGAAAUAUAAAUAAAGAAUGUUUAAAGUCUGAAGAGCCAAGCAAGGCUCUAAAUUUUUUUAACUCUGAACCAACAGGUCGGGUUGCUGAUAUUUUAGAUCUCAGUAUGCCAGAUAAAAAUUCAAUGACAGAAGUUUGCUAUGUCUGCGGAGAUGAAUUUCGUCGUGGUUCUCUUUCAAACAUAUCAGCCAUGCCAGUAGACCUAAAAAAUAAAGAAGGUGGUGCAGCAGAUAAAGGAUCUAUUCAAGAACCAUUUUUUCCUUCUUUAAUGCUCCACCCCAGGCCAAGCAGAUCUAGACCAAUGGAUUCAACUGGACAUGUUCAAGCUUGUUCCGCUUGCCAAAGUCAUUUAUUACAGCAGUGGCAUGCUUAUAGUGUUCAGGGUACAGAUCACUCGGAAAGAAAUUACGUUUUAAGAAAAAGACAGACAUCAUCUCUUGAUACUACAACAUUUAUAUGUUAUACUUGUGCAUUAGAAUAUCCUUCGAGUUCUAUAAGGUUAUUAUAUUGUUGUCCAAAUAGUGAAAAGGAAAUGUAUUUUCCAUUCAUUAAUAAUUUAAAGCCACCACCCGGAGCUAGCCCCAUAUCUCCUCAGGGAAUGGUUCAAGUGUGCUGCAUUUGCUACAAAUCAAUACCUCAAAAACACCAAGUUUUUAAUAAAAUGUCGAAUUUGGAAGAGUCUUCCCCGAUUAACUGCAGCGUUAGAAUGGGUUUAAAAAGUCCAUCUCCCUCCACUAGAGUUACAAAUCCAUUAGGUAAUAAUUCUGGAUCGAACCAAUCAGUUGGAUCUGACAUUCGUUUUAAACCGUAUGAUCUCCAACGUCAUUCUUCUGAAUCUAAUGAAACUUCUCGUAAUGUUAAAACUCAAUUUUGUGAUUCAAACGGACAGGAUAAGUCUUUGCAGCAAAAUUUCCGAUGUUACAUUUGUGCUGCAACAUGUAAUCUUUCUUCAAUGCAGUGGCUGUCUACUUCUGCGGAGGGAAUGAAUUCUCACGCUAUGCAUUUUCCUUGCCUUAGAGCAAUAUCUCGAAAAUCUGAAAAUUCCUGUAUGGAUUCCCAUGGGAGAAUAUUAGCUUGUUGCAAAUGCUUUAAUCAUUUGGCCUCGCAAUGGGAAUCGUUGGAAAACGAAAGAAUACCAUUAGAACACAGAAGAUACGAGUUACCUAGUCCAAAUCUUUCAAAUGGAAUUCCAGGAAAUUGGAAAGAAGGCACUUCUUCUCCUCCAUCUCCUGGAUCUCAGGGUUCUUCUAUUUAUUGUUAUUUGUGCGGAUUUCACUCUGAUUUGACGUUGGCAAGGGUAUUAUACUCAAAGCCGCAGGGUCGAAAUGCCCCAUAUUUUCCAAUUCUCUUGAAUCACACACCUGCAUCCAAUGUCGAGCAGCUAAGAGAAGAUGGAAGCGCUUUAGUCUGUACAUUUUGUUAUCAUUCACUCUUAACUCAAUGGAAAAAUUAUAAAGGAACCAAUUCUAAUACUAGUCAAAAUGAAAGAGAAUAUAAUGUAAGGGAUUAUUGUUGUUACGUCUGCGGAGUAACAACUUAUAGAAAAAGAGUAAGAGCUCUACCCAUUAAAGAUUUUCCAUUUUUGCGAGACCACAAACAACCGGUAAAAAGUCUUUUACUUGAAAAUGGAGAUUUCGCAGUCGUCUGCCUUGAUUGCUACGAAACUCUCAGAACUCAAUCUCAGGAGUACGAGCGUUGGGGGUUACCAGUAGAUAAAAGGGAAUAUAAUUGGAUAAUUCAACCACCUCCUCCCGAAGAUUCUCCUGAAGCAGCGGUGGCUCGAUUACCCAGUGGUCAACGAUCAGAAAAAGUAGGUUCGAGUGUAACUUGUUCCGGUAUACCAGGUCGCAGUAAUACGAAUUCACAAAGUUCUUUAAGUCGUUCCUUUGCUGCUGCCCUUCGUAAUUUAGCCAAAAAUGCUGGACCUAAUGAAGAGUCUGAUAUUGUUACCGAAAACGAUCACGCCCAUAGAAAAGAAGAAAUCACAACGAAUGAAAAAUUUACCCCGAGUAGAAGCAGUUUUCAGCCUUAUAGGUCUGAAGACAGAGAAAGAGUUCCGGCUACUGGUUUACCUUUUCAUUACCCUUUGUCUUUACAAUCGGCAGCUUAUGCUUCAUACCAUUCGGCUCUCUACCCUGCGCCUUUGCAACACUCAUAUAGAAUAGAAGAACAAUUGUAUCUAGAACGUUGCGGAAUGUUUCGGCCGCCGCUUUAUCCGGGUUUAACAUCUCCUUUCACGCAUCCAUUGUACUCAUUAAGGUACCCGUCGCCUAAUCUUAUGACUUCUUCUAUGGGUCUCGUCAACCCUUCCAUGCACGAAUCAAGACUUAAACUGGAAGAUGAGCAAAGGUUUCGGGAUAGGAUGAGGCAAGAAGAACUUGAAAGGGAUAGAAGAAGAACAAUGAUUACCGAUAAUCAACCUCGCAGAUGA